CGCAUGGCUUUAGCGAAGGCUGGGAGGGAACGCAUGGGGUGGGUGUUUUUUCCUUGCCCCGCCGUGGCUGUCCGCCCUGCCGGCCGCGCUCAUGGACUCGAUCAUUAUUCAGGAGCGCUUGGUGGAGCGGCUGCUUUCCCCGCGGACGCAGGCACAGCGAAGCCACCCGGCCAAGCUGAAGGACCAUGAGAAGCAGUAUGUGGGCUUUGCCACUCUGCCAAACCAGGUCCACCGGAAGUCUGUGAAGAAGGGUUUCGACUUCACCCUGAUGGUUGCAGGAGAGUCGGGUCUGGGCAAAUCCACGCUGGUGAAUAGCCUGUUCCUGACAGACCUCUACAAAGACAGAAAGCUCCUCAAUGCGGAGGAGAGAAUCAGCCAGACAGUGGAGAUCGUCAAGCACACAGUGGACAUCGAGGAGAAGGGUGUCAAGCUGAAGCUGACCAUAGUGGACACACCAGGCUUUGGAGAUGCUGUCAACAACACUGAGUGCUGGAAGCCCAUCACUGACUACAUUGACCAGCAGUUCGAGCAGUACUUCCGUGACGAGAGCGGCCUGAACAGGAAGAACAUCCAGGACAACCGAGUGCAUUGCUGCCUCUACUUCAUCUCACCCUUCGGGCACGGGCUGAGGCCUGUGGAUGUUGAGUUCAUGAAGGCUCUGCAUGAGAAGGUCAACAUUGUGCCCCUGAUCGCCAAAGCUGACUGCCUGAUCCCCUCUGAGAUCCGGAAGCUAAAAGAGAGGAUCCGGGAAGAGAUUGACAAAUUUGGCAUUAAAGUGUACCAGUUUCCUGAGUGUGACUCUGAUGAAGAUGAGGAGUUCAAGCAGCAAGAUAGAGAGCUGAAGGAGAGUGCUCCCUUUGCGGUCAUCGGCAGUAACACUGUGGUGGAGGCAAAGGGUCAGCGGGUCCGGGGGCGGCUCUACCCUUGGGGCAUUGUGGAAGUGGAGAACCAGGCACACUGCGACUUCGUGAAGCUGCGGAACAUGCUGAUCCGCACGCACAUGCACGACCUGAAGGACGUCACCUGCGACGUCCACUACGAGAACUACCGAGCUCAGUGCAUCCAGCAAAUGACCAGCAAGCUGACUCAGGAUAACAGGAUAGAAAGCCCAAUCCCUAUCCUGCCUCUCCCAACACCGGACACUGAGACAGAGAAGCUGAUCAAAAUGAAAGAUGAGGAGUUACGGCGGAUGCAAGAGAUGCUGCAGAAGAUGCAGCAGCAGAUGCAGGAUCAGUGAAAGGCAGAUCCUCAGAGGACAGAGGGAAUCCCCCAGUGACCAUCUGAGGCCUGGCAAGAGCUGUGGACGUAUAGAAAAGGUUUCCUGUUGUAUAGAGACUUGUGGGCAAGGGCUGCACCCGCACCCUCUAAUUUAUUAGCAGUGCUGGCUUUGUGGUCAGCUGGAUUGUGGAGGAGGCUGUUCACUUAACAGUUUACUGAUGUGUAUUUCUUUUUCAAGAAUGGUCUCUCUUUUCUCUCUUUUGGUUUUUGGUUUUGGUUUUGUUUUUUUUUUUUUUUAAGAAAAUAGCUUGGGAAGUCUCUAAGGCAUCCUAAAAAAAAAAGAAAAGAAAAAGAUCUCUUUCCCAUGUACUAAUCUGUUGUUUGGGAAUGCUCUGGUAUUUAAAGUCCUGGUUUCUCUGGUGUACAAACUUGAAGACUAUCUGUGUCAAUGCACGUCAAUGUUUACUCCCAGAGGAGGUGCUGUGCCUCCCUCCCUGUUCCCCUUGUCUGGGUCUGGGGCCAGCAUGAGCAUUGUAAAGGCAGCUCUACCCUUCUGUGAGUUUUCCUGGCUUGGGUUCCUCUGCCAACAGACACUUGGGGCCAGGUGACCUGCUCAGGGCUCCUGAUGGUUGUCUGGUUUCUUGCCCAGGUGUUUCUGGGUUUUUUUUGUUAGUUGGUUGAUUUUGGUUUUCCUAUCAAGAAACUCCAGGAUCUUUGCACUGAGCAGCAAGAGACUGAGUCUCUUGAGGCUGGAUAGAAGAAAACACCUUCUACUGCUCUCAGUCAUGUCUUUCUGGCAGAGAGGAUGAGUUAUUGACUGUUGCCUGCAAGGAGAAGAUAAUAGGUGUGAACAACUUUCCAGCCAUGGUUUCCUCCCAUGGCAUGCUGGAGGUGUUGGUAGAGGAACUCCAUGGCCCUGCAGUAUCUGGGUAAAGAUAUCUCUUGUUUCAGCUCUGGUCAUCCAGCUGCAGUGUGUCAACAGUGUCUGUUCUGAAAAGGACUAUGCUAGCCAGAGUGCUUGGCCAGGACUUCCCAGGAAGAAACCCCUGGGCUGAAAUCCAAUCCAAAUUCAGAGCUGUACCCUACCCCCAGGCUUUGUGGUCCCCUAAGUGCAUUGCUUGCACUGAGCUUCUCCUGGAGACAGGGACAGUUUUUGUAGGCUAGCACAGGAGGUCUGCAAGGCACCUUUCAGGCAGGUGUUGGGUCACUGUGGCAGGUGCAGAAGACUGAGCGCAGCCCAGCACGUUUGGCACUUAUUCCCCUGCCCUUCCCCUGGGACUCAGCCCUUUUCCCCCUCCCCAGUCUGAGGCUUUUCCUGUCUCAGUGCUGGGAAGACUGGUGGGUCUGCUGAGCAGAGAUAAGAGCACUCUUUGGGCAGCAGCUUCUGUCCCAUUCUUGCUUCCUGUGGUAUUUUUAACUUCAGCCAGAGCAGAGCCCUGCAGUGUGAUGUGCCUGGCAGGGCAGGCCUCACCAGCAACACUGCUACACUUGCAGGGACUUGGGGCUGGUGGAGGGAAGGACACCUAGCUCUGCCCUUCAACUCCAGCAUGGAGUGCUGCCAUGGGCUGGGCCCUUCUGCUCCUCUUGGUUCCUAGCCUGAUUCCUCUGUUCCCUUUUCCCUUUUGUAUCUGCUCAUCUCUGACUUUCCCCAGCAGAUCUCCCUGGGUAGCAAGCACGUUGUUGGCCAGGAAUAACCAGGCCCUGAAUUAUGUUUCUAGAGUACUGCAUUGGUCUGAUUCCCCCAUGGGGCUUUAGAGUCCUGAUCAGGGCUUGUCCAAGUGGUGAGUAGGUUGGCUGGUUCCAGUUAUUCACUGUGUGGAGCUUCUGCUUAGCCAUAACAUGGGCACUAAAGGCAGAGAAGAGACCCUGGCACAUUGUGGAAGGACAAAGUGAGAAUGGAAGCCCCUUGGCAGAAAAGUGCAAGCUGAGCAAGGGCAGUGGCCAACAAUGGUGGAUUUUUUUUUUCCCAUUCUUGACUGUAUUGGGCUUAUAAGUGACAGUGGCAGUGCCAGCCUAGGAGAGGGGAAGGAUUCUGCUUGCAUUUGGUAAUGUGCAGGACCAACAUGCUUAAGGAGGACGUACAGCCUUCCUUAGUGUGAUGUGCUUGCCUGAGCCAGCCUGAAACAGGAGCUUCCUGCAGGUUUUCCAGAGCUGGCUUGCUGCUGUUCAAAGCAGGAGGACUGCUGAGUUCUCAGCUUUAUCUCUGCUAGUGUAAGGGGAAACACCCUGCAGUACCUGCCUGCUCUUUUCUCCCCCUGGUCCUGUCUGUGAGGAGGAUGUUCUGUUGCACGUGAGCCCUGUCCAGCUGGAGACAUUCCUCUUUCAAACAGAUUCAUUCCUAGAAGGUAAAGGAGACUUUUACCAUUUAGCAUGGACAUAGAAGAGCUGACAGCUUUUCUCUCAGGCUGGUGGUGGAAGGGCCAUGUGCUGGUGAGAGCACAGGGUCAUAGGCAGGCAGGAUUGCUGAGGGUGAAUCUUUCCCUGGUCCCCCUGGGUGAGGAAAUGCCCAUCAGCUCAGUGCACAUGGCUUCUACAUCGGCAGUCACAAGUCUGUCCUCUGCAGAGAGCCAUUGGCUACCAGCUGGCAACGAUGAUUCAAGUUACACUUAGAAAGAAAUGCACAGCAGUGAGGUACCAGAGAUGGCUUCUACAGAUGGCAGUGGUACUGCUGAAAUCCAUCUAGGAGGUUCCCUGCCCAGAGUUUGAGGGCUGCCUGGAUUGGGAUUAGAGACUGGCUUUGGGGGACACCAGGGAUUCUGGCCUGGGAGAUGGCAUCUGUUUGUCAAAGGAGGAGUGUUGUGCUGCUGCCUUGAGCUGCACAGUAAGCAGACAUGAGACUCCUGAAUAAAUGUAGCUUGGCAGUGAGAAGUAUGGAUAGGAAAGUAAUUUAAUGUCGCCCCUCAGGCAACCCCCCACAGCCUCAUAUGCAACCCCCUGCACCACCAGGCACAUUCCCAUGCCCCUGCCAAGCUUUGCCCUGCUGAGUGAGUCGCUGCAGGGGUUGGUGUCCCUCUCCACAGAGCUAUCCCAGGCUGCAGCUGGGGCUGUCGGUACCUCUUGGACCCUGUGCCUGCCUGGGGAGGGAGUUGUGGCAUGAACUCCUCCUGUGCUGCUGCUGCUGCUGUGCUGGUCCUGCCUGUGCAGUCCUGCUGCCUCCUGCAUGCCUCCUCCCUACAGGAAGAAGGGUCCCACUCUUCAUGCUCUCAAAUGGUGUUUCCUGCUCCUCCUCAACAACUCUGCUGUGCUUUAACGCUGGCUUGCUCCUGCCAUGCACCUUCCUCAGCCCCUGCUCCUUUCCUAGGCUCUUUGUUUCCUGUCCAUCUGUUGGGUCAUUAUAAUAUAUAUUUUAAUUUUUUUUUUUUGGUAAAUUUCUGUUUGAACAUUUUGUCAUUGUCAACAAAGAAAAAUGAAACCUUUAAAAACAUAUCCAUUUUAUUAAAUGAUUAUUGUUAUUAUUAAUGUUUACUACCUGAAUUGAUCAGUGAAAUAAAUACAUGCAAAAGGCCAA